AUGGAGGAAGAGCAUUUGGCAAAGCCGACUGUCUCAUAUCACCUAUUCAUGUACCGAUCCGAGCUGGCGCGACGCAAUGCCCGCCAGCUGCGACUUUCAGCAACCAAAAUCGAAAUCACCGAGGAGUUAAUUUCCAGAACUGUGCGCAAUAUCAAGACCUGCUCCGUGGAUGAUCUGAAGGCCGUGAAUCGGGAGCUGCUCUUCAAGCGUAAGCUUCGGCAUGAUGUCGCCGAAAAACCACGAAUUUAG